AUGAAAACCUUCCUUCUUUCUAUCAUUGUUGUUCUGUCUGCAAUUACUGUUUCUGCCAGACUUGCUCCUCCCAAAGAACGAGAAUUGUUGCGACUCCCAGGCACGAAUCGUUCCGCUUGCGAAUUGAUUCAUCAGGAAGACUUGCCGGAAGAAUGCACUUGCCGUGAGCCUGAUGCCUAUGGCUUGGUCAUCGAAUGCCUCAAACCCUUUGACUCUCUCUAUUUGAAUGACACGAUUGGUAUGAAGAUCAAUUUGGAUCCUUGCAAUCCAGAUGGCUCUUCGUUGAGUUUGGAUGUCACGGAAGCAGAACACAAUGUGGACAUUACCAUUGUGGGCGUCAAGGCGGGAGAACAGCAGAAUUUCCCCAUUCCUGGCCUUAGUGUAAUCGUGCCCACCAUUGGACAUUUGGGUGUGGACGUGGCCGUCCUCAUUUAUGGGAAUCCUGAUAGACUCAGCGUCAAGGUGGGCCUGAAUGCUUGCAUGGCAGCUGGACCACAGCAUCAAUACUGCGCUUCGGGUAUUCCGGGGUUGUCUCGAGUAUUGCCCUGGUAUGUACUGAAGGGAACUUAUGCAUUUGGGGACUUUUGCAAUAGUACCAAUGCUACUUCCAGUCUUCCAGCUCUACCGUUAUCAGAUGAUAUCGACGCAGUCGCCAAGUUUCAGUAG